AAGGGCUGGGCAUGGCUUUACAUUGCCUGUGGCUUGACAGCUUCUCUUUAUGGGAGCUAUUUUGGGUCUUUCCUGGAGUGACUGGGUCUAGGCACCAGCUCCUGCCUCCUUUUGCUUCAGCCGAGCGGUUAGAUUCAAGCGACCACAGCUGGACUUGGUCUGAAUAUGAGAUCCUGAGCUAAUUUCUACCGGAACCCCCUCGUCCGGUCUGCAGCCAUGGCCACCUCAGCGAGCUCCCACCUGAGCAAAGCUAUCAAGCACAUGUACAUGAAGCUGCCGCAGGGGGAGAAGGUCCAAGCCAUGUACAUCUGGAUCGAUGGGACGGGGGAGCACCUCCGCUGCAAAACCCGCACGCUGGACCACGAGCCCAAGAGCCUCGAAGAUCUCCCCGAGUGGAAUUUCGAUGGCUCCAGCACCUUCCAGGCUGAAGGCUCCAACAGCGACAUGUACCUGCGACCUGCUGCCAUGUUUCGGGACCCUUUUCGCAAGGAUCCCAAUAAACUAGUUCUCUGUGAGGUCUUCAAAUACAACCGCCAGUCUGCAGAGACAAAUCUCCGACACACCUGCAGACGGAUUAUGGAUAUGGUGUCCAACCAGCACCCCUGGUUUGGGAUGGAGCAAGAGUACACCCUUCUGGGGACAGAUGGACAUCCUUUUGGCUGGCCUUCCAAUGGCUUCCCUGGACCCCAAGGUCCGUAUUACUGCGGUGUAGGAGCAGACAAAGCCUAUGGCAGAGACAUUGUGGAGGCUCACUACCGAGCAUGCCUUUAUGCUGGUGUGAAAAUUGGAGGAACCAAUGCAGAAGUGAUGCCAGCCCAGUGGGAGUUCCAGGUGGGACCAUGCGAAGGGAUUGAGAUGGGGGAUCACCUCUGGAUUGCACGCUUCAUCCUCCAUCGGGUGUGUGAAGACUUCGGUGUCAUUGUGUCCUUCGAUCCCAAACCCAUCCCUGGGAACUGGAACGGUGCUGGCUGUCACACCAACUUCAGUACCAAGAACAUGAGGGAAGACGGAGGUCUCAAGCACAUUGAAGAGGCCAUCGAGAAGCUGAGCAAGCGUCACCAAUACCACAUCCGUGCCUACGACCCCAAAGGGGGGCUGGACAAUGCCAGGCGCCUGACGGGUUUCCACGAGACAUCCAACAUCCAUGAGUUCUCCGCUGGCGUGGCCAACCGCGGCGCCAGCAUCCGCAUCCCCAGGAACGUGGGCCAUGAGAAGAAGGGUUACUUCGAGGACCGCCGGCCCUCCGCCAACUGUGAUCCUUAUGCUGUGACAGAGGCCCUCGUCCGUACGUGUCUCCUCAACGAAACUGGAGACGAGCCUUUUGAGUACAAGAACUAAGCAGACUGCGCCCACAGACACCGCCUUCCCCCCCCACUUCCCCACCCCUAAACUUUCCUUCUAGAUGUAAUCCCGAGGGUACAAGAUAACACGUUUUGUGUCUCAGUAA